AUGGCGGAGGAGAAGCCGGGAGGAAGAGGCAGAGCAGUAGCUGGAGGGAAAGGGCGGCCGAGAACCGUGAAAGAUCGAGAAAGAUCCAAGAAGCAAGAAGCUGCGACCUUUCCAUAUCGAGCGACAUUGUUUCGUAUAAGUUCUGAAAGCCAGACGUCGGGACAGACGUCAACAUCGCGUUUGGAUUUCACAGGAUUACUCGAAAAUGUACAUGGUUUUUCGGUGUUCGGUGUUCAGUGGGCAAUCGAUGAUCGUAAAGUUGCAGAACUGACCUCGAUGAUCUCAGGUCGGAAAACGAAAGCGAACUGGUUUCUCGCCAAAAUCCCACUCGUGAAAAUGUGGCCAUUCGUAUGAUCGGCCGUAUCUGUGCAUCCCCUAUAACGGCCCCUAGAAACGUCUUUUAAUAUACACUAUAUCUUCGAAGGGCCCGGGGAUUUCCCUUCGUUUACCCGACCG